GUAGCUUGUAGAAACUAGUGAUCAGAAAAUUAAAUAUGAUGCAGUUAUUGAGAGGAUGGAGAUCUUACUCUCGAUGCGGGGUUCCUCCUCCUCUCCGUCGGCCUGAUGGAUUCUCUGUUAUGGCUCUGAACCAGCGGCCAGGUAGGUUCGAUCAUUGGCGGCCGGCGUCGUCCUCGAACGGCGGCGGACGCAGUGACGACGAGAGAUCAUCCGGACGGAAGCUUCUACUUCUUCCUCGACUCGUUCCUCCUCGAUCGUCCUUCUCGUCUUGGGCGAAAUGGUUGAUCGGCUCCGCAUUGGCUCUGCUGAUUCCCCUGUGGAAGAAGGGGUGGCCCGCCUUGCUGCGAAUAGAGGAGGAGGUGGAGAAGGUGGCGGAUGCGGCGGAGGUGGCGGCGGAGGUGGUGGAGCAGAUCGCCGGAGUGGUGGAGAAGGUCUCGUCGGAGGUGGCGGAGAAACUUCCGGAAGAGAGCAAGCUGAAGGGCGCGGUGCUGCUGGUCGAGCAGGUGUCGAAGGAAGCAGCGGAGGAGGCCCAAGCUGCUAGAGACAUCAUCCACAAGGUGAAUGAAGUGAGGCAGGAGGUGGAGAAGAUUACUCUCGACGCCGGAAAGGAAGAUCACAAAAAUUAGACAUCGGAAUUGAAUAAGAUGUGUUCGUUGGGAAUUUGAUUCGUGGAUGAUUCUUUUGUAGUUGUGAUAAAUUGAUCGAUAAUAUCUUUUCCAUAAUUUUUUGCACGGAUCAACAAUUCUAUAGAACCAGAUCGGAGCCAAAAAGGAUGGUAAAACAGAUGAAAGAAUUUAUAAAGAAAUGGCGAUAAACGAGUACAA